AUGGCGCUCGUCCCACAUGGCGGCGGCGCGGGCGGAUCGGUGUCGAUGGCGAUGCCGAUGCUCACGCCGGACAACUACACGGUGUGGGCGAUCAAGGUGCAGGCGAUCCUCGACGCCCACACUCUGUGGGAGGCGGUGGCGCCGGGCGACGCGACGGUGAACGGGAAAAAGUGCAAGACGGUGCGCGCGAUGAUCCUCGGUGGGCUACCGGAGGACGUGCUGCUGCAGGUGGCGAUGAAGCUCACCGCCAAGGAGGUAUGGGACUCCCUGAAGGUGAGGUUCGUCGGCGCCGAUCGGGUGCGCGGGGCAAGGCGGGCGACACUGCGCGGGGAGUUCGAUCGCCUGAAGAUGGUGGACAGCGAGGUGCUGGAUGCGUACGCCGGAAGGCUGGCAGGAAUGACGGCGCGGUUCGCGAACCUCGGGGAGACGCUGGGCGACGCAGAGCUCGUGAAGAAGCUCCUGGACACGGUGCCCGAUCGGCUGUUCCCCGUCGUCACCGGGAUCGAGAAGUUUUGCGUCAUCGAGGAGAUGACCUUCGACGAGGCGCUCGGUGGCUGCGCGCGUUCGACGAGCGGGUUCGGCACCGUGGACAAGACGGCGGCGAGCGCAGCGGGGAGCAGCUCUCAUGACGGCGGCGCAGUGGGCAGCGCGGGAGCAUCGGCACGGCGGAGCUCGGGACAACGACGACGGCCGGAGCGUGGCGUCGGGCAACGGCGGCAACCGGCGCGGCCGCUGCUACGACUGCGCGAGCGCGGCCACUUCAAGAGGGAAUGCCCCAAGCUGCGGAGGGCGCCGGCGGCGGAGCAAGCAAUGUUGGCGGACGUCGGCGUCGAGGACGGCGGACUACUCUAA